UCUCGGCGGCGGCGGCUAGUGGGUCCUCCGGUGACUCCGGGGCGGGGCUGCGGGGAGGGUACCCCCCGACUGAACGACUUCUCCGGAAUGGGGGGUGUGGCUGGUCGGCCCGCAGCAUCCGGGUGGGAGAAAGGGUCCGCUGUUUCUGGCGGCGCAACCCCCAAGGCCUGCUGCUAGAGAUGCUCUUCCUCUCGUUUCAUGCAGGCUCUUGGGAAAGCUGGUGCUGCUGCUGCUGUCUGAUUCCCGCGGACAGACCUUGGGACCGGGGCCGGUGCUGGCAGCUGGAGAUGGCGGACACAAGAUCGGUGUAUGAAACCAGGUUUGAGGCGGCCGUGAAGGUGAUCCAGAGUUUGCCGAAAAAUGGAUCAUUUCAGCCAACAAAUGAAAUGAUGCUCAAGUUCUAUAGCUUCUACAAACAGGCAACUGAAGGACCCUGCAAACUUUCAAGGCCUGGAUUCUGGGAUCCUAUUGGAAGAUAUAAAUGGGAUGCUUGGAGUUCAUUGGGUGAUAUGACUAAAGAAGAAGCCAUGAUUGCAUAUGUUGAAGAAAUGAAAAAGAUUCUUGAAACUAUGCCCAUGACCGAGAAAGUUGAAGAAUUGCUGCAUGUUAUCGGUCCAUUUUAUGAAAUUGUAGAAGACAAAAAGAGUGGCAAGAGUUCUGACUUGACCUCAGUCCGACUGGAGAAACUCUCCAAAUAUUUAGAAGAUCUUGGUAAUGUUCUGAUCUCUUCAAAUGCCAAAGCUGUUAAUGGUAAAACUGAGAGCAGUGAUAGUGGAGCUGAGUCUGAGGAAGAAGAGGCCCAAGAAGAGUUAAAAGGAGCAGAGCAGAGUGAUAGCAAUGAUAAGAAAAUGAUGAAGAAAUCACCAGAUAAGAAUUUGGAAAUCAUUGUUACCAAUGGCUAUAAGGAUAGCUUUGUGCAGGAUACACACAAUGAUCUUCAUACCGAUUCUUCCCCAAAUGUCAGAAACAAUGAAGAAGCAAAGCCUGUAGAUCAGAGCUUGGAGCAAACUGAAAACACUGUUGUCUAUGUCCACCAAGAUACAAAUGAUGAUCACAGUGAGGACGCUUCAGGAAUUCAUCAUUUGACAAGUGACUCAGACAGUGAAGUGUACUGUGAUUCUAUGGAGCAAUUUGGACAAGAAGAGUAUUACUUAGGUGGUGAUCCCAGUCAGCACUUGGAACAUUCUGGGUUUUGUGAAGAUGCUCAAAUCUCUCCUGGAAAUGGCAGCAUUGGGAAAAUACGGAUGGUAGCAAUUGAGGGGAAAGGUGAAGUAAAGCACGGAGGAGAAGAUGGCAGAAGCAGUGGAGCUCCACACCGAGAGAAGAGAGGGGGAGAAAGCGAGGACUUCUCUAGUGUUCGAAGAGGGAGAGGGCAUAGAAUUCCACAUUUGAGUGAAGGAACCCAGGGUCGGCAAGUAGGAAGUGGAGGUGAUGGAGAACGCUGGGGCUCAGACCGAGGGUCCAGAGGCAGCCUCAAUGAGCAGAUUGCUCUUGUGCUCAUUAGAUUACAAGAGGACAUGCAGAAUGUCCUUCAGAGACUUCAUAAACUGGAAACACUAACUGCUUCACAGGCGAAAUUAUCAUUGCAGACAAGUAAUCAGCCCUCCUCUUCACAGAAACCAUCUUGGUGGCCCUUUGAGAUGUCUCCUGGUGCAUUAACUUUUGCUAUUAUAUGGCCUUUUAUUGCCCAGUGGUUGGUGCAUUUAUAUUAUCAAAGAAGGAGAAGAAAACUAAACUGAAGAAAAUGGCAUUUUACUCAAGAAGAUUGGCCCUGGAUGACCUAAGAAAUGAAAUGGAUUGUGGAUUUCACAAGAAAAUCUCAGUUUGUGAUGAUUAUAUUUCUUUUCUCCGAUAGUUUGUUUAUAUACAUAUGUAUUCUUUGCACUACACAAAUGGUAACAUUUUAAGGACUAAUAUUGCUGAUACUUGAACAAUCAAUCUCAACUAGGUUUUAAGUAGCAUAUGUAGACUUACUCUUUUUGAGCUUGACGGACAUUAAUUUAUUAUAGUUUAGUAACAUGUUUACCUGAUUUUUUCUCAUAAGAAAUAUAAGCUGCUUUUCUAAGGCACUGUUAUGAUUAUAAGAUUUAUAAUAUUUACUUUUCUAAAUUAAACACAAGAAAGAAUACAACACAAGUGGAUUUAAAUGAGGUCAAAUCAAUUUUGUAUCAGCCACUGAACUGUCCACAGGUAGCCGCAAACUGAUGGAAGAGUCCUCUGCAUUCUUUGUGGUCUGCCCAGUUCAGAAAAUCCUUGUCCUUUGUACUGUGGCCAUUGUCUCAGAACUGAGUUGCUGAACAGACUUAACUUGAUGAGGGGAUGAAGAAUAGGCCCAAUGGAUGUGGAAAAGUAUAUUCCAGGCUGACACAGAGAAGUCAUCAGAUUUUUAAUUCAAUCAUACGCACUUAAUCUUUUUUUUUUUUUUUUUGGUGAGGAUAUCCAAUGUCUGCUUCAUAGGGUGCUUUGCAAUAAAAUGAAAACUUAUUUAUACUGUUUUUACUAAGGAGCAAACGCAUGAAAAUCUUUUUUUUUUUUUUCAAGUGGUAAACUCCAGUCUGGAUUCUUAACCUCUUAGUGCCUCAGGUUUUCCUUUGGGGUGCACAUCACAAGGUAUUAGAAGGACUAAAUAUACACGCCAUCUUUGUCCACAUAAUUAAGGGAUGCCUGACUAAUGAAACCUAAGUUUCUUCUGUCCUUUAGAUCAAAAUGAAGGACGACCGAAAAUAAUCCUUUUUGUGUAUUUCCCAAAACCUGUGCUUUGAAGAUGUAAUUUACAAACUUUAUAGCAAAUUCUCCCUUCCUUUUUUUCCUUUUGAGACAGUCUCAGUAGCUCUUGCUCAACACUGGUUCACACUGUAGCUAAAGAUGACCUGGAACACCUGAUGUUCCUGUCUCCACUUUUCUCCAGUUUCUGGGACCACAGGCAUGCACCACCUGACUAGCUUUGUAUAGUAAAAAAAUUAAUGCAUUCUUGAUAUGGGAUGUUGGGGGGAUUAGCAUUAGGUAUUGGACAUUUUCAGUAAGAGCAGAAGAAUCCUUCUCUAGUGUAUAGGGUUGUUCUUUGAAGAAAAAAGUAUGAAAACAUUAUUUGCUUGUCCCAGAUUUCAAUUUUUUUUUUGUUCUUAAAUUGUGUACCACAUCUUGGUUGGAAGGAACUACUAGUAUUUGCUUAAGAUAUGAAACAAACAGACCCAAAUCUACCUUCUACUUAUUUAGAAGGAAAAAAAGGAAAUAACUGAGUUAUCAUAGGUAAAGUAUGGAUCAAGAGUUUAUUUUUUUUAAAUUAGACAAGUUGGUAUCAUAAAAUGAUGGCUUUUUUCUUAUAUAAAUAAAAUGCAAAUAAAGGCUGUAACAAGUUGUGAUUCAUUGCAAGUAGUCAAGGUAACGAACUCCUAAGGGCAACCAUUUGUAUCAUAGAUCGGAAUCACUUUAUAGCUUGAAAAGCACUUUGCACACAGUCCUUGUAUAUAAUUGAUGUAAUUAUAGGAUAUAAUGGUAAUGCUUUAAAACAUAAACCUUAUUUUAAAAAUUGACAGCUAUGGUAUUUUUUUAAUGAUCAGCUUUUCUGUUUAUUGUAAAACUAAGUUAAAAAUAAAAGGUUAAUGAGAAAUGAACUA